GUGUCGGUAACCUUCCUCGAUAAGAUGCAGUCCAUUGUCGCGCAAAUUGCCGUUGACGCGAGCGGAAUCAACACGCCAGUCAUGAGGGGUCGCACGACAAAACUUUGCUGUCUCAUUUAUUCACGUUUCGUUGGUUAUAUAGGGCAGCGGCCCAUUCUGAAAGUGGACAAAAUGGAGCGCAAGCUGUUUUCGGAGAACCAAGCUCGACUACCGCAUCGAAUCUGCUGAUUGAACAAUGCAGAUGUUCUGCUUCUUUGUGAGUGCUUUUGCAUGCGCCGGUGCUUGAACACUGGUCCUUCGAUGACAAAAUAGCGCGAUGCUUGGCGAACGAAGCUCUUACCAUUACGUCAUCCCAUUGGUUUGCUCACAUCAGUCAGCCCAACAUGAAGUUAACACGCCAAGAAAAUAGGAAAAAUAAUGCGUUUACCAGAAUUACAGCACAAUCGUUGCCAAGGAACAGUGCCGCGACAGUCCGAACCUGAAACUGUGGAUGCGCACCGCGUGGCUUCCUCCUUGGAGAAGAAAAAAAAUGGACUCCUGGUCCAUCUGGACGCUGCUGCUUCUGUUGGCUCUGUUCUGCGACAUCAACAACGCUUUCUUCCUUCCUUUCUUCGGUGGCCCUCUCACUCCUCCGAAUAAUGGAGACGAUGAAGGUUUUUACCCGGUGGACAUAGGAGAUUCACCAACGUAUCACGACGUGACUCUGCAGCCUGGCGUGGAGAUUCUGCGAUUACAGCGACCCCUCAUCCAUAGGAUUGAGGUGGAGAUCACCACUGGCCGGGAGAUUCAGCGUAACCUGACGAGCAUGCGCGAGCUCCUGGUUGUGGAGCUGGAGAGAACGAGCAGUAGGCCGGAACGGAUAGAAAUCGAGCACAGGAUCAGCAGGAUCGACAUACUUCUCACUCAAGUGCGCACCAGGACGGACGAGACGGAGCUUCGGUUCCGGGAGUUCUUGCAACGGGUUUCGACCGGCCAGAUACGAACCGAGAGCGAGAGCCAGACCCUGCUGCAGGCCAUCUGGUCCGGUUACCACAAGUCGUUGCGGAACCUGGUCCGCCAUGCGGCUGGAUAUCUGAGGAGCAUCGUUCAUGGUGUGACAGGCGCCCUGGCCAACCUGGGCAUGGGCAUCAUCGACUACUACCGCCUCAAGUUCCAGCCACUUGAGCUCGCCGUCGACGCCCUGACGGGUCAAGGCUCCUUUCGGAAACCCAUCGUUGGCAUUAUUGGCCGCCGAUGAAUGAGAUACUAUAUAGUUGGCAUUUAUUAAAAAUAAAGGCAUCCUCGUA